AUGGAGUUCCUGGGAAUGACCACUAUUUUCUUGCUGGUCUGCAUCUCAUGCCUUCUCCUCUUUGCCACAUGGAGAAGCAUAGCACAAAAAGAGAAGCAGCCUCCUGGUCCCAUUGUACUCCCCAUUGUUGGAAACAUACUCCAGCUGAACCUGUGGAACUUGCCUGAAAGCUUGAAGGAGCUCAGUAAGAAGUAUGGUUCUGUCUUCACAAUAAAUUUAGGCUUACAAAAGGUUGUGGUGCUGUAUGGCUAUGAUACUGUGAAAGAAGCUCUGAUUGAUCAGGCAGAUGACUUCAGCGGAAGAGGCCAACUACCAUUGUUUAAAAAACUCUUCCGAGGCACAGGCAUUGUGACCAGCAAUGGGGAGAUCUGGAAGGAGCUCCGACGAUUUGCACUCACUACCCUGCGGGACUUUGGGAUGGGGAAGAAGAGCAUCGAGCAGCGAAUCCAGGAGGAAGCUCAUUUUCUGGUGGAGAGGCUCAGGAAUACACAUGAGCAACCCUUCAACCCUGGCAACUUCCUAGUCCACGCUGUUUCCAACAUCAUCUGCUCUAUCGUCUUUGGGGAUCGGUUUGACUAUGAGGACAAGAAAUUUCUAACUUUAAUUGAGUUGCUAGAUGAAAACAACAAGCUCCAGAACUCUAUACAAACACAGCUAUACAAUGUCUUUCCAACUGUCAUGGAUUAUUUACCUGGGCCUCAUCAAAAAUUGAUAAAAAAUAUUGAAAAAGUUGAUCAAUUUACUUUAGAAAUCAUAGCAGAACAUCAGGAAACACUGGAUCCCACUUGUCCUCGAGAUUUUAUUGAUGCUUUUCUCAACAAAAUGGAACAGGAGAAAGGGAAAAGUCACUCAAAAUUCACCACUGAGACCUUGAGCAGAACCACGCUCGACUUGUUCCUUGCAGGAACAGGGACCACCAGCAUCACACUGAGACAUGGAAUUCUGAUUCUGCAGAAAUACCCAGAGAUAGUAGAAAAAAUUCAAAAGGAGAUUGACUGUGUGAUUGGCCGAGGCCGAAGCCCCUGCAUGGCAGAUCGGAGCCAGAUGCCCUACACAGAUGCUGUGGUGCAUGAAAUCCAGAGAUUCAUUGAUUUCCUUCCACUUAAUGUCCCACGUAGUGUGAUCAAAGACACCAAGUUCAGAGACUAUUUUAUCCCCAAGGACACUGUGAUAUUCCCUGUGUUGAAUUCCAUCCUACAUGAUAGCAAGGAAUUUCCAAAUCCAGAAAAAUUUGACCCAGGACAUUUCCUGAAUGCAAACGGUACCUUUAAAAAGAGUGACUACUUCAUGCCAUUUUCUGCAGGAAAACGCAUCUGUGCAGGAGAAGGUCUGGCCCGGAUGGAGCUAUUCAUAUUUUUAAUCAGCAUCCUGCAGAACUUUACCUUGAAAUCUGCUGUGGAUCACAAGGACAUUGACAUUUCCCCGAUAGUCAGCACUCUGGCAAAUAUGCCCCGACCUUAUGAGGUCUCUUUUCUUCCACGUUAGCCAAAUGAAGACAG